GCCACCUGACAUUUGUGACACAAGUGCAUGCCACCUGACAUUUGUGACACAAAAACGUGUGAAGUAAAAUAAAGUUGAUCCUGGUCUUCAUUCAGCGUUCCCAGCUCCAAUAAUAUUCCUGCUUUAAGCAGGCAGUUAGGACCUGGAAGCAAAGCGGCUUUUCCCCCAACUCUUGACCUGCUGCCAGAUUGAUUUGGACCGAGCGGCGCCGCAGAACAGCACAGCUGAUGGGGAACAGCUGCUGCGUCACACUGCAACAAGGCAACAUCCUGUCACAUCAGCAAUUUGCUGCCAAACUGUCAGCACAACAGGCCGACCUGGAAACAUCUCACAUCUGUUCCAGUCUCGCCCGACACCACGCACACACAUUUUCUCGUCAGCCCCGAUACCGUGUGACCGCUCCUGAUCUUCCUCCGACAACGAUGAAGUCAUGUUGACUUCAUCUCACCUUGAUGAUGAUGAUGAUGAUGUCAUGUUCAUUUGAUGUCAUGGUGUUGACUUGAUGAUGUCACUACAUUGACUUCACGGCAUAGUGGUGACUUGAUGGUGUCACAUUGUUGAUGUCAUGGUGUUGACUUGAUGAUGUCAUAAUGUUUUCUUGAUGAUGUCAGCGUUGUUUUGAUGUCAUAGUGUUGACUUGAUGAUGUCAGUGUUGUCUUGAAGUCAUAGUAUUGACUUGAUGAUGUCACAUUGUUGAUGUCAUGGUGUUGACUUGAUGAUGUCAGUGUUGUCUUGAAGUCAUAGUAUUGACUUGAUGAUGUCAUAAUGUUUUCUUGAUGAUGUCAGCGUUGUCUUGAUGUCAUAGUGUUGACUUGAUGAUGUCACAUUAUUUAUGUCAUUAUGUCAACUUGAUGCCAUGGUGGUGACUUGGUGAUGUCACAUUGUUGUCAUAGAUGUGACUUGAUGAUGUCAUAUUGUUGAUGUCAUUAUUUUAACUUGAUGUCCUAGUGGUGACUUGGUUAUGUCACAAUAUUGAUGUCAUCAUAUUAACUUGAUGUCAUGGUGUUGUCACAUUGUUGUUGUUGUCAUGUUGACUUGAUGUCAUAUUGUUGUCUUGAUGAUGUCACAUUGUUGUUGUCUGGAUGUCAUAGUGGUGACUUGAUGAUGUCACAUUGUUGUUGUCAUCAUGUUAACAUGUCAUGGUGUUGAUGUCACACUGGUGACUUGGUGAUGUCAUAGGUUUCGAUUAUGUCAUAAUGACAUGGUGAUUAUGAUCACUGCCCCAAGUGGAGGAGUUCAAGUACCUGGGAGUCUUGUUCACGAGUGAGGGAAGAGUGGAUGGUGAGAUGGACAGGUGGAUCGGUGCGGCGUCUUCAGUAAUGCGGACGUUGUACCAAUCCGUUGUGGUGAAGAAGGAGCUGAGCCGGAAGGCAAAGCUCUCAAUUUACCGGUCGAUCUACGUUCCCAUCCUCACCUAUGGUCAUGAGCUUUGGGUUAUGACCGAAAGGAUAAGAUCACGGGUACAAGCGGCCGAAAUGAGUUUCCUCCGCCUUGUGGCGGGUCUCUCCCUUAGAGAUAGGGUGAGAAGCUCUGCCAUCCGGGAGGAACUCAAAGUAAAGCCGCUGCUCCUCCACAUGGAGAGGAGCCAGAUGAGGUGGUUCGGGCAUCUGGUCAGGAUGCCACCCGAACGCCUCCCUAGGGAGGUGUUUAGGUCACGUCCAACCGGUAGGAGGCCACGGGGAAGACCCAGGACACGUUGGGAAGACUAUGUCUCCCGGCUGGACUGGGAAUACUUCAGGAUCCCCCUGGAAGGGCUGGACCAAGUGGCUGGGGAGAGGAGAGUCUGGGUUUCCCUGCUUAGGCUGCUGCCCCCUCAACCCGACCUCGGAUAAGCGGAAGAAGAUGGAUGGAUGGACUUGGUGUCCACGUUGAUGUCCCAGUGUUGGCUUGAUGAGGUCACAUUGUUUUAUUUCUAAAUUUAUGAACUUUUAUUUAAUCAGGAAAAUCCCUUUUAAGUUAAGAAUGAGUUUUCCAAGGGAGUGCGGGCCAAGAGGUAUCAGCAGAUGGAACACAAGUUACAUCAAACACACAUCAAUACUCCAACAUUAAAACAAUGUUGGAGAAUAGCUCGGUUGGUAGAAUGGCCGUGUCAGCAAUUUGAGGGUUGCAGGUUUGAUUCCCGCUUGUGCCAUCCUAGUUACUGCAGUUGUGUCCUUGGGCAAGACACUUUACCCACCUGCUCCCAGUGCCACCCACACUGCUUUAAAUGUAACUUAGAUAUUGGGUGUCACUAUGUAAAACGCUUUGAGUCACUUGAGAAAAGCACUAUAUAAAUAUAAUUCACUUCACUUCACAAGUGAUUGGUUUGAAAAGUAUUCAUGAAUACAAACUUAGUCAAUUUCCAAUUAUUUUGCAACAUAUUUAUGUAAUCAUAAGAUGCAGGAAACAUAAACAUAAUGAUGUCAUAAUGUUGACAUGAGGAUGUCACAUUGUUGAUUAUGUCACAUUGUUGCUUGAUGUCCUAUUGUUGACUCGAUUAUAAUAUUAUGUUGAGAACGUUUAUCUGCACGACUGCUUUAUGUUUGCAUUUGUUACUUUCUUAUGAGUAUUAAAUAUUCUUACCUUCACUCAACUCUGUGUGGGAGCGGACUCGGGCCUCAUGGCGGGCCUCCUCGGAGGCCAGGAUGGACUAGAACUUCCUGUGACGCUGCCGGACAUGAUGGAAGAUGAGGAGCAGGAAGGAGACAGUCAUCCUUACUCUCCUUGGCAUUCUCUUUAUGACCCUUUCGUCAUCGAUGAAGUGGACGAUCACCCCACAACUCGCUGGGCCGGCCGCGCGCCACGUUCAUCGGACCCGGGCCAAUCGCAACCUAAAGGCUCUCCCAGGAAAAAGAAGAAGAGGAAGAAGAAGGAAAAGCAAGACGUAGCCGAGGACGCGGGACGAGGUAGAAACAAGAAGGCAAAGCACAGCAGCAGGGACUGCCGGGUAGAAAAGCGAGAGAUGAAGGUGCGGGACCUGGGACUGGGCUUCGACUCGGACGAGAUCGUCCUCUUCAAGUUUUGCGUGGGCACCUGUCAGUCCUCCAGGACGAACUACGACCUGGCGCUGAAAGCGCUACUGGAGAACGGCUCGCUCCCGCGACGCACGUCCCGCAAGGUCAGCAGCCACCCUUGUUGCCGACCCGACCGCUACGAGCCCGUGUCCUUCAUGGACGCCCAGACCACAUGGAGGACCAUCCAGUCCUUAUCCGCUGCCAGCUGCACCUGUAUGGGCUGAAGGAGCUACCAGAAAUAAGUGAUUGCUUUUCUCUUUCUGGGCGCAGAGAGGAGGCCGUCACGGAGCCACAGUGCGGAAUCAUUGUCACGUCCUCCGAGAGAACACUUGUUUCUGUGGACCAGGAGAACGUGGGACACCCAGAGUGUCCGUACCAUGUUAUCUUGGAAAAGCAGCAAACAGACUGCUAAACGUUCAAUAUUUACUACUCACGCCGAUGCCAGCUCUUCCCAGAAGUUCAAUAACAAGUGAAUGGGUUCAACGUUCAAGUGAGGCCAGCCACAUGGAUGCCAUGCGUCUUCACGUAUUACUGUGUAAAAGUAAAAUAUAUUUAUUUCUGAUAACUUAUUUAUUUAUUACAGCUUCGUAUGAGAGCUGCUCCAGUCAACUCUGUAUGGCGGAUGUCUAUCUAUUUAUUGCCAAAUGUCUGCUCCCGUACGCUACAUGAAGUUUGUCUCGGCCGCAAAACACUCAGACCGAGCGCCCGACACGGAACCUUCAUUCUGCUUCUAUUCUAGAGAGAACCAAAAAAACACCUUGAUAGAGUUUCAAAAUUCACCACAAACUGACAUCCAGUGGAUUGACAUUGUGUGCAUAAUAAAUAUAUUUACUUUACAGUACCUCACAUACUUGAGUCUGAUGACUGAUUGCUGUUCUGGCAGAUGUUGACUCACCAGCCCUAACAACUACGGCAUAGCUCGGUUGGUAGAGCGGCCGUGCCAGCAACUUGAGGGUUGCAGGUUCGAUUCCCGCUUCCGCCAUCCUAGUCACUGCCGUUGUGUCCUUGGGCAAGACACUUUACCCACCUGCUCCCAGUGCCACCCACACUGGUUUAAAUGUAACUUAGAUAUUGGGUUUCACUAUGUAAAGCGCUUUGAGUCACUAGAGAAAAGCGCUAUAUAAAUAUAAUUCACUUCACUUCACGUAUGUCUCAUUGCUGCCUCAAUGAUGUUCCAGGUUCAAGGUGACUUUAUUGCUUGAUUGACUUGAUUUGCUUUUAGUAGUGUAAAAAUUGAGGAUGGAAUGGGCAUAGAGGUUGAAAUAAAGCACAGUGGUGAAAAGAAAGCAGAACAUAACAAAGUACUCUCAGGCUGCUUGGGACCGGGACCAAGAAAAGAAGAACAAGUCCCAUGAACAAUAAAAUUCAGAUUUGGCAUCAGAAUAGACAACAGUAGGACAAAAGACUACCAGGAAUGAAUAAAUAUGUGCAAAGUAACUAUAACUUCUUUAAAAGAAUAGCUGCAACUGGGACCAAGCUGUUCCUAUAACCAGUUGUUCUGCAACAAUCAGUGCUACUAAUCAGUCUUUCGUGUCCGUGAUCAUGUCUUAGUGCAGGGCUCAGCAACCCAAAGCCUUGAAAGAGCCAUAUUGGACCAAAAAUAUAAAAUAAAAAUAUUUCUGGAGCUGCAAAAAGUUAGAAAUCUUAUAUAAGUGUUAUAAUGAAGGCAACACAUGAUGUAAGUGUCUAUUCACCCUUGCUCCUGAUGGGUGCUGGUUAGCGCCUUGCAUGGCAGCUCCUUCCAUCAGUGUGUGAAUGUGUGUGUGAAUGUGGAAGUAGUGUCAAAACGCUUUGACUACCUGGAAAGUAGAAAAGUGCUAUACAAGUACAACCAUAUUAGCCUACUAUCAAAUGCUGACACAAAUCUUUGUUGACAGAAAUUUUGCAACAUUUGAAAUCAUUAGUAAAAUGGAGGCUACUCAGAGGGUGAGAUAACUCCUGGAAAUGAGUGUUUCAGAAUGACCAAAGGUAUAAAUGUGUGUGUCCAAGUUAAAGGAAACGUCAGGCUUUCUUCUAAUAUAUUUGUUACAAUCUUUGCAAGCUGGGUAACGUUUGCUGUGGUCUGGAACAACAUGGCACACAAACAACUAUGAGAAAUGCAGCCAAUAUUACAUACAGAUAUUGUGUCAUGAGACAUGCAAAUAUAAAUUAAAUACACAAAGGACAUAAGUUAAGGAAAUGAAAUAUAGCUACAAAUGAGGCAUAAUGAUGCAAUAUGUACAAACCCCGUUUCCAUAUGAGUUGGGAAAUUGUGUUAGAUGUAAAUAUAAACAGAAUACAAUGAUUUGCUAAUCCUUUUCAACCCAUAUAAUUAUAUUAACAAAUUUUAUUUAUAAGGCGCCUUUCUGGGCACUCAAGGACACCGUACAAAAUCAAAACAAUAAAAUCAAAUUGGAUGAAAACAACAAUAAUAACAACAAAGAUAGAGAAGAAGAGAUGAUUACAAUGAAUAAGCAGUCCGGAAUAGGUAGGAUUUGAGUAUUUACUUGAAGAGGGAUAUUGAGUCCAAGUUACGAAAGUCUGGUGGCAAAUAUUCAAUUGAAUGCACUACAAAGACAAGUUAUUUGAUGUUCAAACUCAUAAACUUUAUUUAUUUUUGCAAAUAAUAAUUACUUAGAAUUUCAUGACUGCAACACGUCCCAAAGUAGUUGGGAAAGGGCAUGUUCACCACUGUGUUACAUCACAUUUUCUAACAUUGCUUGGAUGACAACAUAUGUUGCUCCAAAAGCUGUAUGUACCUUUCAGCAUUAAUGGUGCCAUCACAGAUGUGUAAGUUACCCAUGCCUUGGGCACUAAUACACCCCCAUACCAUCACACAUGCUGGCUUUUCCACUCUGCGCCUAAAACAAUCCGAAUGGUUAUUUUCCUCUUUGUUCCAGAGGACACUACGUCCACAGUUUCCAAACCUAAUUUGAAAUGUGGACUCGUCAGACCACAGAACACUUUUCCACUUUGCAUCAGUCCAUUUUAGAUGAGCUCGGGCCUAGCCAAGCCGGCGGCGUUCCUGGGUGUUGUUGGUAAAUUGCUUUCACUUUGCAUAGUGGAGUUUUAACUUUGACUUACAGAUGUAGCGACCAACUGUAGUUGGUCGCUACAUCUGUGGUUUUAUGAAGUGCUCCUGAGCCCAUGUGGUGAUAUCCUUUACACACUGAUGUCUGUUUUUAAUGCAGUACCGGCUGAGGGAUCAACGGUCCGUAAUAUCAUCGCUUACGUGCAGUGAUUUCUCCAGAUUCUCUGAACUUUUUGAUGAUUUUACAGACCAUAGAUGGUAAAAUCCCUAAAUUCCUUGCAAUAGCUCGUUGAGAAAUGUUGUUCUAAAACUGUUCGACAAUUUGCUUACAAAGUGGUGACCCUCGCCCCAUCCUUGUUUGUGAAUUACUUAGCAUUUCAUGGAAGCUGCUUUUAUAGCCAAUCAUGUCACCCACCUGUUCCCAAUUAGCCUGCACACCUGUGGGAUGUUCCAAAUAAGUGUUGAGCAUUCCUCAACUUUAUCAGUAUUUAUUGCCACCUUUCCCAACUUCUUUGUUACGUGUUGCUGGCAUCAAAUUCUAAAGUUAAUGAUUAUUUGCAAAAAAAAAUAAGAAAUGUUUAUGAGUUUGAACAUCAAAUAUGUUGUCUUUGUAGCAUAUUCAACUGAAUAUGGCUUGAAAAGGAUUUGCAAAUCAUUGUAUUCUGUUUAUAUUUACAUCUAACACAAUUUCCCAAUUCAUAUUCCACCUACUCAGUGGCCUAGUGGUUAGAGUGUCCGCCCUGAGAUCAGUAGGUCGUGAGUUCAAAUCCCGGCCGAGUCAUACCAAAGACUAUAACCAUGGGAGCCAUUACCUCCCUGCUCGGCACUCAGCAUUAAGGGUUGGAAUUGGGGUUUAAAUCACCAAAAAUAAUUCCCGGGCGCAGCCGCUGCCCACUGCUCCCCUCACCUUCCAGGGGGUUAUCAAGGGUGAUGGGUCAAAUACAGAGAAUCAUUUGGCCACAUCUAGUAUGUGUGUGACAAUCAUUGGUACUUUAACUUUUAAUAUGGA